AUGCGACGCUCCUCCCCCGGCUGCCACCCGCAGGAUAGGGGAUGGACCACCGGAACGACUCAACCCGCCGUCAACGUAACUGACGUGGACGAGGCGGGGCCCGCAACUCUGUCGAAGGCUCGGCCCCAGGUGGGCGCGGCGCUGACGGCGACGCUGGCGGACGAGGAUGCAGGGGUGAGCAACGCGACCUGGCAGUGGGCGAGGUCGUCGGACACGUCGACGAAUUGGGCUGACAUUGCCAGCGCGCCGUCGGCCAGCUACACGCCGGUGGCCGGCGAUCUGAACCAGUACCUGAGGGCCAUGGUGACCUACGUUGAUACGCACGGUACGGGCGAGACGGUGGAGCAGGUCACCGCCAACGCGGCGCAAGCGAUGGCGGCCCUGCCCCAACCGGACCAGGCGCCUGAAAAGCGACACCCCGAGGCGCCUCCCCCGCAGCGGGACCCGAAAGCCCGCCUGGGCCGAAGGCGCAGCAUCGUGGAAUACAGCGAUCGGGAACUGAUGGCGCUGGCCAACUGGAUCGUUUCCGAUACGUUGCUACGCACCGACGAAGAACUUCAGGCCGAGAUGAGACGGGAACUCGGUUUCCGCCGCCGGGGGUCCCGCAUCGACGCCGCCCUGGGAAGAGUCAAGCAGCAUCCGUUCCAAGCCCGCCGGUCUCAAACGGUAUGGGUCAUAGUUGCACUGGCGGCCAUUAUCGUCGCGGCGACGUUGUGGAGCCCCGGCGUGUCCCGAGCGCAGGGCGGGAGCGGGUGCUCCGACGGUGCAGCCGUAUCCGACCCCUCUAACAACGCCGGGCUGGUGUCCGAUUGCCAGACAUUGCUGGAGGCAAAAGACACCCUCGACGAGGACGGCGUGCUGAACUGGAGCGCUGAUUUACCCAUCGGCGAAUGGGAUGGCGUGACCACCGGAGGGUCGCCAACCAGGAUCACGUUCCUGAACGUCGCGGCGCUCGACCUGUCGGGCACGAUUCCUGCCGCGCUGGGCAAUCUGGCCGGCCUGGACACGCUCUACCUCCAGAUCAACCGGCUGCGUGGCAGCAUUCCAGUGGAGUUGGGCAAUAUGUCCAAUCUGCAGGUCCUGCACCUGACGUCCAACCGGUUGACCGGUCAGAUACCUCCGGAGCUCGGCAAUCUGACCAGCCUGACCUGGCUGGAUAUCAUGUUCAACCGCCUUUCGGGUGAGAUUCCGGAGGAAUUGGGGCAGCUAUCCGGACUGGAGCGACUGAGGCUCAACGGAAACUCGCUGACCGGCGCGAUCCCAUCCCGAUUGGGCGACCUUGCCCAACUCCACACCCUACGACUCGAACAUAACGAGCUUUCCGGCAGUAUUCCGGGCACUCUGGGCGACCUGUCGGCGCUGGAGAUGCUGAUCCUUAGCUACAACCAGCUCACCGGCGACUUGCCCAGUGAGCUUGGUCGUUUGUCAGCGCUGGUCCGGUUGGACAUCAACGACAAUAUGCUGACCGGUUGUAUUCCGGCGGAGCUGGCCAAAAACACCGCCCUUUACAUUUACUCCGACGGUCUGCGUUCCUGCGCGACUGCCCCUCCGGCGCGGGUCAACAAAUCGUCAAUCACCUUCACGCCCAUCCACGUCAGCGGGUCCGGUGAUAGUGUGACCAUCGCCUGGACAGAUCCGGAGAUCGGGGGCACCGAGGUCGAUGGCUACCGGAUUCGGUACCAGGCGGGCAGCCCGUUCCCGACGUGGACCGAAUGGAUCACCAUCGACGAUGCCGCCGGCCUCUCUUAUUCCGAUGUCGAUGGUGAGCACCCGACAUUCACCUUCAGCGACUACAUGUAA